UUCAGAUAAUCUAUACAAAAUCGAAAUCUCCAUACUUUCUCAUUCUCUCUCUCUCUUUCUCUCUCGCAAAAGUUGAAUUGAAAAGCGAAUUGCAGGGGACUUCACUGAAACCAUCUGUAGAUUCCGCCAUGUCCUCUUACAGUUGAAAGAUGCUUUCUUUUUCCUCUUUAAAUUUCUCGGGCAAAGGCGGAAAAAAGAUUACGCGCUGAUUGAACUCAAUGAAAUGUCACCGGACUCACCGUCACCAAUCUUCACUUCCUUUGUUACUUUCAUGACUUCUGUUUCUAUCUUUCUUUUCUUUCUGUUAGUAACCUCUAAUGCUCUGUUUGUUACCAAAUUUGAAAUGAAUGGCAGCUUCUCCAUCCCCAAAUCAACACCAAAUCUUAGUGACAGACUGCCUAACUCCUCAAAUUUCGCUUUCACCGCCCAAAAACUAGCAGAUAUUAAUCGACAGAGAAGAAGCGAGAAAUUGGAGUUCAGCAAUGUUAUACUCAGUGGAAACUCAACAAUUUCAAGCGAAAAUAGAACUUUCCAACUGGGUUUUUUUAGCCCAAAUGACGGUUCGAAGUGGUACUUAGGCAUUUGGUACACUUCUACUCCCAAUCCGACUUAUGUUUGGGUAGCGAAUCGGGAAACACCCAUUUCCAAUCUCGCCUCUUCCACUUUACUAAUCACCGAUGCGGGCAAGCUAGUAAUAAUGGAGUUGCCAAAUUUAGUCAUUUGGCAGAGCACAAACACAGAGACAGCAACUGGGUUUCGCUUUCUAGACAAUGGAAAUCUGAUUCUGUUAUCGGCGACGAGGUCAUUGUUAUGGCAAAGCUUCGAUUAUCCGACCGACACGUGGCUACCCGGCAUGAACCUCACCAGAGACCAAUCUUUGGUCUCUUGGCGGAGCUUGUCCGACCCAUCCCCUGGUUUAUACUCUCUCAGGCUAAACCCACGGGGUUACAACGAAUUCGAGCUGGUAUAUAACAAAAGUGUUAAGUAUUGGAAUACAGGUAAUUGGACCGGUACGGCAUUUGCCGAUGUACCCCAAAUGACAAUACCGUACAUAUACAGAUUCCACUUCGCUGAUCCUUUUACUCCGGCCGCGUCGUUUUGGUACACGGAAACAGCAUUAGAUAGAGCGUUGCCGCCGACGCGAUUUCAAGUGGAUGUCGACGGGCAGUUGAAACAGUACACGUGGUCGUCGCAGGUCGAGAGUUGGAACAUGUUCUGGUCACAGCCGGAGAAUAAGUGUAAAGUUUAUAGAUUGUGUGGAGAUUUUGGAUUUUGCAUAAGCACCUACGGAGCGCCAAAACCUUGCAUUUGUCUUUCAGGGUUUAAGCCUGUUAGCGAUUACGGUUGGGAAUUUGAGGAUUAUUCUGGCGGUUGUGGAAGGGAAGGUGGGGAUUUUUGUGAAGAGACCGAUGGGUUUAAGGAUGUUGGGGUUGUGGAGUUUGAAGGAGCAAGUACCAUGUCGUUUCAAGGGAGUAGGAGCGCCUGCGAAAGGUCUUGCUUGGGUAAUUGUUCGUGUAUCGGUUUGGUCCAUGACGAGAGGACUAAUUUAUGCAAGAAUAUAUAUGGUUCUUUAUUCAAUUUGAGGAAUCUGAGCUCGGAAAGCACUGAUCAAGAUAUGCUGUUUGUUAGGGUUCCAAAAGAAGGAACUACGAAGAAGAAUGAGUCAAAUUUUGUGCUUUUAAUUGGUAGCAUUCUCGGUUCCAUUGCCCUUUUUGGGUUAGCCAUUGCAAUUUUGCUGAUUCUACAGAUGAGAAGAAGGAAGAAGGGUAAAGGAGAAAACGGUGGUGGCUUUCCAAUUUUUAAUUUGAAGGUUUUUUCUUACAAAGAACUGUAUGCAGCAACUAGAGGUUUCUCAAAUAAACUCGGGCAUGGUGGAUUUGGUGCAGUGUUUCAAGGUGAGUUGUUGGAUUCUACUCUUGUUGCUGUGAAACGCCUUGAAAGGCCGGGGAGCGGAGAGAAAGAGUUCAGAGCAGAGGUAUGUACCAUCGGGAGCAUUCAACAUGUUAAUCUUGUUAGACUUAGAGGGUUUUGUUCAGAGAAUUAUCAUAGGCUUUUAGUUUAUGAUUACAUGCCAAAUGGUUCUUUGAGUGUAUAUUUACGCCAGGACGGUCCUAAUAUUAGUUGGGAUGUUAGAUUUCGUAUAGCAAUUGGAACUGCUAGAGGCAUUGCAUAUUUACACGAGGAAUGUAGAGAUUGCAUUAUCCAUUGUGACAUCAAACCGGAUAACAUCCUUUUGGAUAGUGAUUAUACGGCUAAGGUAUCGGAUUUUGGCCUAGCAAAGCUUGUUGGUCGGGAUUUUAGUCGAGUAUUAGCCACCAUGAGGGGUACCUGGGGCUAUGUUGCACCAGAAUGGAUAUCUGGAGUGGCUAUUACUACAAAAGCUGAUGUUUAUAGUUAUGGAAUGACAUUGUUGGAAUUGAUUGGAGGCCGCAGAAAUGUGGAGGCACCACCCUCUGCUGAUGGGGAUAAAGAAGGCGAAAAGAGGGAGAAAUGGUUUUUCCCUCCAUACGCUGCGCAACAAAUAAUUGAAGGCAAUAUAGCAGCAGUAAUAGACUACAGGCUUGGCAAUGCAUAUAAAAUUGAGGAGGCUGAGCGCGUUGCAUUAGUAGCAAUUUGGUGUAUACAAGAUAAUGAAGACAUGAGGCCUACAAUGGGCACGGUUGUGAAGAUGCUAGAAGGAGUAGUGGAAGUGCCAUCUCCUCCAGCACCCAAAUUGUUACAAGCACUGAUUUCCGGCGAGUCUUACCAUGGGAUUCACGUAGAUUCCAGCAGUGGAGCACCUGUAAGUGGUGAUUGUUCUGGUGAUUAUACGGGGGUAUCUAGUUGUGGUUCACAAGCAUCUCCUGCUAAUCCUUCCUUCCCUGUUAAGGGAAAUGCUAAUGUUUAACUAUAGAUUAUAAGAACAUGACUGACCAAAGCUAAUUUGCUACGCAGAUCAGUUGCUUAUGUUUUUGGAUUUUUUUUUUUUCUUUUUUGAUGAAUUGUAGAAUACCACCAUGUGUGUAAAGUGAGUUGCUGUUGUAGGAAAGUUUUGGCUCAAUCAUGCAUGUCCCUUAAAAUGAUUAUUAACCUAUGUACGAUUGAGGGCCCAGAUUCACCAUUCUCAUCAUCACAAUCAAGUAGAAAUUAUGGAA